AUGUUUGGGAUACCAAUUAAUGAUCGUGGGACCUAUAAGCCGUUGGCGAAGAAUCUUAUUACCCGUUCGCACGCCAGUCGGAUUAUAAUGAUGAUUGAAUAUUUGGGCUGUGAGCCGCGCUAA